GUCGCCCACUUUAUUUUACUUUGCUUUGCUUCACUCUUACUACUCACUUACCCACGUGACCUCCCCCCCACUCCCCCAUCACCACUGCCGCCCAUCACCAUUCUCCAUGUCCUCCAUAUACUUCAUACAUACGCAAACCCUCAUGUCGCAUCUCUCACCUCACUCUCUCCAUAA